GCGCGCGGGAGGCGCUGUGCAGACCGUGCGCUCGCAGAUUUUACGCAGCCGGACCACAUCGUCGGAACACGCGCGAACGUGCACGAAAUGAAGCCUGUGCUCGCUGGAAUAUUCUAGCUAUAAAGCGUUGCAGGGAGAAAAGAGGCUGUUUUUCAUUUUCCAGUUGGACCGUUGCCUUCACGCAGUUGCUCUUUCAAUGUGGGAUACAGCUUUGCUGCUCUCGCCAGGCUGAAAUCCUCCAGUGUCAGGACCUCCCUCAUGGCAGCUUUGCUCCUGGGGCUGCUGCUUUUUGCAGUGCAAUCUCCCUCUGUUCCCUCCAGGCCCAUGUCCGAUGGAGGACAACCGCCAUCUCAGUCCUCAGCUACUGUGGCCCCCGGUGACAACGGGACCACCAGUCACCCCAACGGCACCCUCCAGCAGCUUCCUCAGAUCAUAAUUAUCGGUGUGAGGAAGGGCGGCACGCGGGCACUUAUUGAGAUGCUCAGCCUGCACAGCGCCGUGGCAGCCGCUCAGAACGAGGUGCACUUCUUCGACUGGGAGAGUCACUUUCAGAAGGGCCUGUCCUGGUAUGUGAGCCAGAUGCCCUACUCCUUCCCCGACCAGCUGACAGUGGAGAAGACACCGGCCUACUUCACAUCUGCCAAAGUUCCCAAACGCAUUUACCAGAUGAACCCGAACAUCAAGCUGCUGCUGAUCCUCAGAGAUCCCACCGAGCGGGUGUUUUCAGACUACACCCAGAUCUUCUACAACCGACUUCAAAAGCACAAACGCUGCCAGCCUAUUGACUCUGUGCUGGUAAAGGACGGGGCGAUCAACUUAGGAUACAAGGCUCUCAACCGCAGCCUGUACUAUGUGCACAUGCACAACUGGCUGAAAUACUUCCCACUGGAGAGCAUCCACGUGGUGGAUGGCGACGAGCUGAUCAGGGAUCCCUUCCCCGAGAUGAAAAAGGUGGAAAGAUUUUUAAAGUUGGAGCCCCAGAUAAAUGUUUCAAACUUUUACUUUAAUAAAACAAAGGGAUUCUACUGUUUGAGGGACCAUGGGCGAGAAAGAUGCUUGCACGAUUCCAAAGGCAGGGCUCACCCUCACGUGGCUCCCGCCAUCCUGCAGAAACUUUACCAGUUUUUCCAAGAGCCUAACAAGAAGUUCUUUGAGCUGGUGGGUCGGACUUUUAACUGGAAGUGAGCGAGGAUUUGUCAUCUGUCAUUGGGAUUAAUCUCCAUAAACUAUUUUCAGUACUAACAAAGCAGAUGUAAUGUAAAUCUAUUUUUGUAUUUGUAGUUACUGCAGGUCAAUGGAGCCGAUUAUCAGGGCAGGCUGCAGCAAAUGUGGUGCUUUUUUUUUUUUUUUUUUUUGCUUGUUUUCUCAUCAAUCACUGAUGAAGACGUUCAGAUGGUCAGAGAGCAUGUUACACAAAGAUAAGUCCCCAAAUGUUUUACCACGCUGAUGUGACCACAUUAUUAACAUCACACUACAUUUGUUGUUCCGAAGGACUUUCACCUGCUGCUACACUUCUGUCAGUCACAUUCACGCACAAACUGGAUAUGUAUUUGUUACUUUUCUUAUUAAAAAUUGUCUUCAUGUAAAUCAACUUAAGACUAUAUAAAUGGUUUGUGCACAUCAUAUCACAUGCUGCGGCUUAUUAUGGUGGACUGUAAAUAGUUUAUUAUUAUUGUUAAAGUACUCCAGAAUUAAUAUUGUAAUAAAGAUGUAUUUUAUUUUUAACAAUUGGA